CUGUUGAUCAGACUUGGAGAACCCGGAGUUACCACGUCCUGGGGGUUUCUGAGAGUCAGCUGGGACCACGGCACUGGUCCUCGGGCACAGUGUCAGCAGCACCAUCAUGAUUUCACAACCUGUGCCCAGUGCAAAUGUGGCUGUGCUCACAUCAAAUGGCAUCAACUUUCCCCAAACAGAGAAUACAAGACCCACCCAUAAUAACCUGGACAACUUGAAGAAACGUCUAAAGGCAGAGGUCAAAGUCAUUGGGACGAUCCAGAUCAUGUGUGGUGUGAUGGUGUUGAGCCUGGGGAUCAUUUUGGCAUCUGCUCCCUUCUCUCAACAUUUUAGCUGGGUGUACUCCGCCCUGUUAAAAUCUGGUUAUCCAUUCAUAGGAGGCUUGCUUUUUAUCGUCUGUGGAUCUCUAUCAAUCGUCACAGAGAAGAUGUCAACAGAGGUUUUGGUUAAUAGCAGCCUGAUCACAAACAUUCUGAGUGCUCUGUGUGCCCUGGUGGGUUUCUUUAUCAUCGCUGUCAAUCUAGCUGCUUUGGGUCCUGCCUCAGAGGAGUGCGUGUUGAAGCAACAAGCUAAGCCAACCACUUUUUUGGGGUAUUACUAUCCCCAUAAUGGAGAGAACUACAGGGGCUGCUACCCAGCCAAAGCCAGUCUAGCUGGAGUCCUGUCUGUGAUGCUGAUUGGCACCGUGUUGGAGGCCUGCCUGGCUGUGCUCAUUUCUGUGCUGUGGUGGCUGCAGGCCCACUCUGAUGUCCCUGGGGGUGUGUUAUUCCUGCCUCAUAGUAACAGGAAUAAAUUCAACAUGGCCCCAAAGGAGCUUUGUAACCCUGCAUAUGAGGAAAUGAUGACUUCUUAAAGAACAAAGAAGAGGAAAAUAUUCAGCAGAAAUUGGUCUUCAUGAUAAUAAAUAAUAAUAGUAAUAAACCCAUCAUAGAACAGAAAAGUUUUGGUUCCCUAAAAUGUAGACUUUUUAUGCAAUGAGUAUUACAAAACUUGUUGAAUGUAUGUGUCCCCUGAUGCACUCUUGAUUUGCCGGACAUCGUCGGCUUCAGCAAAAGCACAGGUCUGGAAAACCGCUUAAUAGACUGGCCCAAAAGUCCCAGACAUGUCCCAGAAAACUAGGUACAAUGUUUCAGUGGAUCUUAGUGAAGCUGAGGAGACAACUUUUUCCUGCACCCCUUAACAGGAGUUAUCUGAUUGGUUGUAGAUUUGGUCUCUCUUAGAGGUGGCAUUAAUUGUUCACCUCAUGUAUUUCACUUGUUAGUGCCUGGAGACAAGUUCAUGUGAUGGCAGAGACUGUAAAAGUAGUUGGCUUCAAAAUAAAGUCUUUGUGUGACUGCACAUUUUA